AUUUCGGCAGGCCCUGACCGACCCAUACCAUGCCAUGGUAGGUAUGCCAUGGAGGGGUGUUUCUCUCUCUUCGCGAAGUCAUGGUACCUACUCUAGUGGAGCAAGUGACAGUGCAUGCGACUGACCGACCGUACUAACCCACAUCCGAGGCUAGACUUGUUGGACUUGGUCUGCGCGAAAGAAGUACCGUAGUGCGGGUGGAGUGCAGUGCAGUGCUGCCGAGGAUUGUUUGUUCAAGUGUGCCAUAGGACUGCAAUGGGGAAUUACUGCAAGAGAGGCAUAGUUUCAUUGCUUUGGUGGUUGGCGGCGACCUUCCUCCACCAAAUCAACCCAAAUGUAGCCAUCCAGUACACACCAGUCGACCUCGCCGGGAACGGCGACGGAGAGUGCGCGCUUCUUCUGAACGGACCAGCAAGAAGUAGCCAGUUUGACUACUCCCUAAACUUGUUACGCGGAACUCCCUUAGAAUACAACGGCCCUCACACUUGCAUCACUUACGACGCCGUCAACGCGGCGUACCUCGACGCCAGAAAAAGAAUCCACAUCGCGCAACCACACGGCGACUGGAAACCCGAAGACGUGGCCACCGUCGGCGAACUCCUCCUCGACGUAUCCGUAAAUCUAGCGCGAACGUACGGUUUGAGCUAUGAAGACAUCGAGAAAGGGCUGCCUCUGAUCGACACUAGUAAGACCCUAAUUCGGGAAGUGUGCCCCCCGUACUUGUCCAACGUGGAGUGCAGGGCUGGGAAGUACCGUCGUUUCGACGGGUUGUGCACCAACCUGGAGCACCCGACCUGGGGCGCCGUUAACACUCCGUUUACAAGAUUAAUCGGUCCCCUCUACGCCGACGGCAUGACCGCCCCCCGCAUCAGCGUAACCGGAAGACCUCUGCCCCUCUCCCGGAUCGUUUCCCGGACCAUGCACCCAGACGAAGGCUUCCACGACCACGCCGGUACUGUCAUGGUCAUCGCUUGGGGACAAUUCAUGGAUCACGACUACACUUUGACGGCAACACCUCUGGACCCAUUGAACCGGAACGACCCUGAGGAGUGCUGCCAUCGCCCUGCCCACCUUAAGCACCCUUACUGUAACGAGAUCAUCAUCCCCGACGACGACUACUUCUACAGGUUGUUCAACGUGAAGUGUCUUGAUUUCGUGCGAGGUUUCCCGGCGGCUAGACCUGGAUGUAGAUUAGGUUCCAGGGUGCCGUUCAAUACCUUGACGGGAGUUCUGGAUGGCAAUACGGUUUAUGGAGUGACGGAAAAGUUCGCACGGAAACUGAGGAGCGGUUAUGGAGGGUUGUUGAGAAUGAACCCGGCGUUUGAAGAAUACGGGUUGAAGGAUUUGUUACCGCUUAAGCUUGACAUUCCAGACGAGGGGUGCACCAGACCCAAUAGUACUAUGUACUGUUUCGAAGCAGGGGAGAUUCGUGUGAACGAGCAACUGGUACUCACUUGUAUGCAUACUUUGAUGGCACGAGAACACAACAGAGUGGCUAAAGCUUUGGCACAAGUGAAUCCACACUGGGACGACGAAACCCUCUUCCAAGAAGCCCGUCGUGUUAACAUCGCCAUAAUCCAACAUAUCACUUUUAACGAGUUUCUUCCGAUUCUUCUGGGGAAAGACGUGAUGCAGAAAUUCGGGCUAUUAUUACAGAAAGAUGGGUAUUGGGAUGGGUUCGACCCUAGUGUCAACCCCAACGUGAUUGACGCUUUCGCUGCAGCAGCUUACAGAUUCGGGCACUCUCUUCUACCCACUGCAGUAGAGAGGUGGAGCAAAGCCCACAAGUUCAUCGCUUCCAAGCGACUUUCUGACUUGAUCCGCCGCCCGUACGACCUCUACAGAGCCGGCAUCUUCGACGAGUACCUCAUGGGUCUAAUGAAUCAAGUAGCCCAAGCCAUGGACGACUCGAUCACUCAGGAAGUCACCAACCACCUAUUCAAGAAAGCUGGUGCCCGAUUUGGCAUGGAUUUAGUGAGCUUGAACAUGCAAAGAGGUCGUGAAUUUGGAAUCCCCGGGUACAUGGAGUUCCGAAAGUUCUGUGGACUUCCUGGUGCCAACAGCUUCGAGGAGUUGUUUGGGUCCAUGCCUAACGAAACCGUACGAAAGUACUCAACCAUCUUUGAGCACCCCAGUGACGUUGAUCUUUGGUCGGGUGGCGUUUCCGAGCGCCCACUUCCUGGUAGCAUGUUGGGUCCCACUUUCGCCUGUAUCAUAGCCACCCAAUUCAGUUACUCGAGACGCGGCGACCGAUUCUGGUACGAACUACCCAACCAACCAUCCUCCUUCACUCCAGAGCAACUCCAAGAGAUUCGGAAGGCGAGGUUGGCCCGAAUCAUUUGUGACAACACGGAUCUGAUAGACACGAUUCAACUGUACCCCAUGGUACUACCCGACCACGAAAUCAACCCGAGAGUACCGUGUCGCAGCGGUGUGAUCCCAGGUAUGGAUUUCAGCAAGUGGGCGGAGUUCCCGCAAACCAGAAGCAGCAUGUUCUUCAGCAGCCACGCCUACGAGCCCCUAGUAGGAAAGAAAUAAUCUAGUUGUUAAUUCUAUGUACAGAUGCCAUCGUAUUAUUUAUUGUAAUGCCAAGAGAUGAUCGCACGAGCAAAACGCAUCCGGGAAGAUGCAAAAACGCAUCUUGUCAGAACAGAUUGUUUGCUUCUGCGAUUGUCGUAGAUAGAUACAUCAGAACAUUAAAUUUGUAAAUAGUUAAGUCAUAUCUCAUCUAUGCAUUUAAAUGUGAACCAUUGUAUUUAUGUUUUUUUUUUGUAUUGAUUACAUGAGUAUUUGAGUUUCUACCUCUGUAGAAAUUUUUAGUCCGAGAGAUGGAUAGUGUGGAAAGUUAACCAUAAAGAUAGCCUUUAGAUCUACUCAAAAAUUUUAUUUUGUAUAUAUUGUUGUAAUAAUUUAUUGAA